ACUGUACAUGUGUCGGAGUUAAAAUGAGCGCAAUACUGCAAUCGGAUCUUUGGUUGGAGUUCUUUGGUAUUUAUCGCAGUCUACCUUGUCUUUGGAAGAUCACAGAUGAGGUGUACAAGAACAAGCAAUUGAAAAAAGCCGCCUAUGAAAAGUUGUUGGUGUGCUACAAGAAGAUCGAUCCACAAGCGAAUGUGGAUACAAUGCGGCGCAGAAUGAACGGUAUACGGACUUGCUUUCGGCGCGAAUUGCGCAAAGUGGAGAUGAGCGAAUUGAGGGCUAAGAAAACAAGUGACAUAUACGUGCCACAUUUGUGGUACUUCAAUGAAUUGAUUUUCCUGCGAAAUGACUCUUCUGAAAUGAGAGCUGAUCCAGAAUUUGUUGAUGAUACUUCAGACAGCUUCUUCAAUGAAGAUGAUGAAGAUAUGGAUAAAUUAACAGAGGAAAACAAUGACUUUUCACCAAAGGAACCAAAAAUUGAGCCGCACUUAGAAGAGGCCUAUCAAUCGCCCUCAAGUAACACCUGUCGAGAAUCCAUAAAGUUUUCAGUGGAUCAGCCAAUGGAACAUUCUCAGAUAAUGCUGCAUCCUGAUCGUCAGUCCCGUGAUGAGGCCUUCAUUUAUGCGGAGGGUUGGGCCACAUCCUAUCGAAAAUUGGAUGAGAAGAACAAACUGCUGGCCAAGAAGGCUAUUGAGGAAAUCUUGGUUUUGGGUCAGCUAAACCAAUUGGAGUUCAACUCUGUAAAGAUGCCACAAUAAAAUAGAAAAACCAUAAAACUUAGAGAUUAUAUAUAAUGUUUAUCAUGCAAUAAAAGUAAGAAAGAAAGUUAUUGAA